GGGUACCCGCGAUGAGAAAUCAACGGACAAUAACCGAUUUACCUCUCGAAGUCCUCGAUCUAAUAUUCAAGAACUUGCGAAACCUGAGGGACAAACUUCGACUGGCACAAGUUCAUGAACACCUGGGAAAAGGAUUUGCCUACCACAGCCGCAAUGAUUACAAGAGGUUCUGCCCAAAAAUAUAUUUUCCGGUGCGGCUAUAUCGCGUUCUUCUGGCGGAAUGCGGCCCCUCAAUUGUGGAGUUCACCUGUGGAUCUGAUACCUGGAGCGAUCUGUUGGCCAAGUCAAUUGCGAAGCACUGCCCCAACCUGGAAUCGGUGAACAUUAGUGUUUCAUUGAGGAACAGUAUGAGUGUGCAAACAUUUCUGCUCAAUAUGGCAAAUUCACUAAUUUCGGUUGAAAUAAAACUCAACGAUAAUUGCCAAUCGCCGAGGAUCCUUAAUGCAGUGGCAGAACUAAAAAACUUGAGAAAACUGUUGUAUGAAGGAUACAUGGACAGAGGAGUUAACCAGCUACACAAACUAGUUGCUAUGGAGGAGCUAAGACUCGACUAUCAAGGAAGGGGAUACAGAUGUAGAUCGGUUAACUUGCUCCAGAUUUGUGGACCAAUGACGAAUCUCCGCUGUUUGACUGUGACCAAUAUAUGUAUAUUUCCGGCAGAAGGGUUUCACUCCAUGAUAUGGCCAAACUUGAAAGACUUAAAAAUGCAGAAUUGCGAAAUCUCCUCAGUGAUACCCGAUUGUCCGAAGCUCAAAACCGUUUGUUUGAAAUUUUGCAAGUGUAGAAUCAGAGGCUAUGUCUGUAGCUUUAUUCUGAAGAACGGCAAGAAUAUCGAGGAAAUCGAUGAGAGCUGUGAGCCCGCACCAUUCGAUGGUCACAGUUUUCUUGAAGUGAUUCGAAAUUGUCGGAAAUUGCAAUUAUUUUCCACUCCCAUGGGUGGUAUCAAAAUAUACCAAGCACUCGUUUCGUCUUUGGUGGAUAUUCUGAAGGAAAAUGAAAUGGCGCGAAAGGAACCCUUCGAACUAAUAUUGUACUGCCGAGACAAGCUAAGAUGGAUUCGCCGAUUUCUACAUCGGACUUCUUAUCCUCAAGUGAUCCAUACGCUUUAUCUGUAUAAGUUCUGAUAGUUUAAAAAUUGUGUCUAUAAGAAUUUUAUAAAUCAUUUUUGAUCAAUUAAAAACCUAUUUUAGCUUCAUGUUUAAUGGUUUAAGGAAAUAAAAUGAUAAAUUUAAUGUGAAUGAAAUUGUACAGUAAACUAAUUAAUAUUAUACCAAAACUAAAUUGUAAAUUAAAAUUUAAGU